GUCGCUUGUUCCUGGCUCUGUUUUUUGUUUGCGCUUUUCCUCUCGUACCCUCACACUCUGCCAGCAUCUCCUGGACACUGAUUAGCCUGGCUCCCGCCAUAUCUCUACCUUUUCUGGCUCCCUCUCCCCGAUUCUGCACUCUAGCCAUUUUCAGCUUCACACGACAACCAUGGCUGUAGCCCGCCAUACCGCAAAACUCAAUCCAGACAUCCUGCAUCUUGUCUCGCAGCGCUUCUACCACGACUUUGUAAAACAUGCCUUCAACAUUUCGUCCCGGAGACUUGAGAACCUCCAGCCACUGACAGCAACCUGCGCUGCAUGGCGCCAGGCUUCUGUGCCGCUUCUGUACCGGACGGUCAUCUGCGAGCUGCGGCAGCAGAAGCGCUCCUGGGCUAAGGACCAGACGUACUGGAAAACAAACAUCCAUCUUCUCGCAUCAAGCCAAUCGGCGCACCAUGCUCGUGAGCUGCUGAUUGUCUCGGCGCACACCAUUAUCGAUACCCGGACCCUGCUGCAAACUCUAAUGGAAAGCGGCUUUGAUUCUCACGACUGGUCGGGGGUCACCUCGCUGUAUUUCUACCAGGGCGGCCGCCUGUACUCACACGUGAGCCCGGCGGGAGACGAUUCCAGCAGCAUUGCCAGCCUGAACGAGUACCUGGCGCAUUGCCUGCCGAACCUGAAGCACAUCAGCUACGAGUCAUUGGUGGACGACAGCCUCUAUCAAGAGAAUCCAUUCAACCGCCUGAUCAACUCGCGGCUCAGCAAUCUGCAAGAGGUGGUCAUCGGGUCCCAGCACUACCCGCUGCUGACAGCGCCCUCGUUCUCUCCCUGCCUCACCACGCUGUCCAUCCGCUGCAGAUCACAAGGCGCGGUUCAGCUGCCGCACAUUGUCGCGCAGUCGCUUGUCGAGCUGUGCCUGACCGAGAUUCCGGCAGUGCAUAUCUGGGACCUCAUUGACACGAUCACCGCCGGGCAGCAGGGGUUGGCGCAGUUCCCUCAGCUCAGCAAGCUCGACCUGGACUUUGCCCAAGAGACAAUGGCUGGCGGUGACAUGGGGAUGCCAAUGGGCAUGACACAGCCAUGGGUAGCUACCGAGCAGCUGCCUGCCGGCCGCCAUACAUUCCCCCGCCUGCGCAGGUUGAAUAUCCGGCGCUACCCCUUUAGCAUUCAUGAGUACCUGGCGGCGUUUCCGUGUGACCAGCUUACCAGCUUUAUGCUGGAAGGCUCAGGCCGCGGAAUGCUGUCGGUGGAUGCGUCAGAGUUCCGCACGCUGCGCGAGGCGCACAUCGCGUGCCUUGGCAUAUUCCGCUUCGGCGAGGACAGGGCCGAGCGGUUCCUGGAAAACGUAUUGAGUGUGUCGUCGCCAAUGCGCAAGCUCAAGGUCACGCUCAUCUCGCACUCGAAUAUCAAACUGCCUCGGCGCUUUGGCUGCGAAUUCCUGCAGAGCCUCGACCUGCGCGUGCCUGUCAAUCUGUCGGCAGUGGAAAUGGCAAUUUGCCAUCUGCAGCAUCUCUGGCGACUCAACAUCCCCUACACAAAGACCGACGUGCAGGUUCCUAUCGACUCGGUUGAUGUGCUUCGCGCACGCAUGAAGCAGCAGCAGAAUGCUCCCGUGUUUGUUAGCAAGAGCAUACAGCAGCUCGAGCUCGGCUUUUGGGACUACAAGCAGACUACCACCCCGCUCUGCUACCACGUCCUCACCUUCAUUGCCCGCAUUCCGUCGCUGCUCUGCGUCAUCACCGAAUCAAAUUUCGCCACCAGCCUCAAGGGCAUCAUCGCCUAUUUGCCAAGCAACAUCAAUGUUCUGCCGAGCACCCGUGAGCUGUCGGUAAAGUCCAACUCUAUCUGAUGCCUGCCCCGUCGCCCAUCCUCACCUGCCUGUGUAAAAUUAUGUCACCCACCACCCGCUGCCAGGGUCGCCCAUAUACCAGCUGCAGAUCGCUAAGCCACUCACAUCCAGCUGCGCGAAGCGGCGCUGCAAACCCUGUUUGCACAAAUCGCCAAUGUGAUCUGAAACCAAAUCAAUAAAUUAUCGGUAAAAAUUGCCCCAGCUUGUCUCGUCAACGGCUCGGUCCUUC